AUGCAUUUCAUCACAGGACUUAGUCUUCUGGCUGCUCUCGCAGAAACCUCAUCUGCAAGUCCCAUGAAGCGAACUUCAACAGUUGACAUUACUUUCAUCGGAGCAGCAAAUGCUCAGUUCUCCCAGAACUUCCCUACUGAUGGCUCUUCUGUCUCUAUCUCCAACCCAUUAAGCAUUUCGCACAUUGCAUCCGGCAACGGAAACGUCCAGUGCACAUUCAACGGCAUCGACCACAGUGUGACAACCGUUACUGGAGCCGAGACUGUUGAUGUCGGGCCUCCCCAGACUCAAACCUCUGGAUCCUGUCAUAAGAUAUCCAAUCCCGUUGGACAACACGUCGUGGUUACUUUUAUCGGGGCUGCUGGUGCAGAGUUCACCCAGAGCUUCCCAGUCAAUGGAGGAUCUGUUCAGAUUACUAAUGUCUUGAGUAUCUCUCACAUUGAGAUGAAUGCUGCGGGUGUUACUUGUACCUUUGAUGGUAUUGAUCAUAGUGUUACCACACUUAGUGGCUCGCAGUUUGUGGAUGUUGGACCUCCUCAGACUCAGGUCUCUGGUAUCUGUCAUUCUUAA